AUGCGCUUGACACCCCUGUACCGAUGCGUGCGCUCCAAUGCUCGACGCUACGUGACAGUCUCCAUUGACGACGCCUCGGAUGUGCGGCCGGUCGACAAGAUCAAGCCGCCCAUGUCGCGGGUCGCGCCUUCUCCCCAGCCAGAGAACGUGUCUGAUGAGGAACCGUCACUAGGAAGGAGCAACUUGCUGCUAGAUACCGAGGAGAAGGCUCUCGCCACUCCAGGCCUAGUCUUUGCAGAUGGACACGGUCUGCGCGGACCCACAGGCAAAGGCAGGCAGACGAGGCGAAUGAACUACUACCAAUCAGUGCGAGACGCUCUUGGAACUGCGCUGGCAACGAACGACAAGGCUAUCGUCUUUGGAGAGGAUGUCGCUUUUGGGGGUGUAUUUCGCUGUACAAUGGGGCUCACAGAGGAGUUUGGCAAGCGACGAGUCUUCAACACGCCCUUGACGGAGCAGGGGAUAGCUGGAUUUGGCGCGGGGUAUGCAAGUGUCGGCGGGUGUGCGAUUGGAGAGAUACAAUUUGGUGACUAUAUCUACCCCGCUUUCGACCAACUAGUCAACGAAGUGGCCAAGCAGAACUACGCAAGCGCAGGAGGGUAUCCACAGGGGUCAUUCACCAUCCGCGCGCCCAUCAUGUCGGUCGGUCACGGCGGCCUGUACCACUCGCAAAGUCCAGAGGGCUUCUUCAUGGGCGCGGCGGGAUUGCGAGUGGUCAUACCUCGAUCGCCAAUACAGGCGAAGGGGUUGCUACUCGCGGCGAUACGAGAUCCAGUACCGACAAUCGUUUUCGAGCCCAAGAUCCUCUACCGAGCGGCGGUCGAGCAGGUGCCGGUGGACGACUUUACGCUCCCGCUCGACCAGCCAGAAGUCAUUCGAGAGGGGACGGAUCUGACGGUGGUGUCGUAUGGAACGCCACUGUACACUUGCUUGCGCGCUAUUGAACUCUUGACAAACCCCCCGCCCGCACUUGUCCAGUUCCUCCCCGAGCAGCUCAGACCACCUCAUCCUCCGCCCUCCAUCCAGCUUGUUGACCUUCGCACCAUCAAUCCAAUGCCCUCCGCCGCCGUUGCCGAUCUGGUCAAGAAGACAGGGCGGCUAGUGAUCUGCCACGAAGCCGGCAAGUCCGGUGGUGCCGGGAACCAGCUUGCCGGCGAGGUCGGUCGUCGGGCAUUCGAACACCUAGAAGCGCCGAUCGGACUGGUCAGCGGAUGGGAUACGCCUGUACCCCUCGUUUUCGAGAAGUUCUAUCAGCCGGACGUCAUCAGGGUAUUUGACAAGAUUGUAGAGACCCUGGGCUAUUGA